AUGAGUAAUAAAACAAGGCAAGAAGGCACAAGCCCGGAACGAGAGGCUAUCGAAUCAUUCACCUCACUGACCAAAUGUGAUCCUAAGGUAUCCAGGAAAUACUUACGGCGCAAUCACUGGAAUAUUAAUUAUGCACUCAACGAAUACUAUGACAAGGAAAUAGGGUCAUUUACUGACGAGACUUCCACACCAGCUCAUCCAAUCGUAUACCCAGAUGAAUUGGUUCAGGUAUUCAAUCAAUACAGUAACAACUCUUCAUUUGAUAUGGACUCGCUGGUCAAAUUCAUUGAGGAUUUGGGUUACAGUCUAGAAGAUUUAGCGACAUUAUGCUUAGUCGACCUACUAGGAUACAAGAAUUUAGAAGAACCUUUAAAACGGGAGACGUUCUUGUCAACAUGGUUCAUGCAGGGCUGCUCUACACUUCCAGAUAUGCAAGGGUGCAUCAAGCGGUUGGACGUCAAGUUACAUGAAGACUUACAAUAUUACACACAGGUCUACGACUAUGCCUUCCGUUUAAUCCUGGACUCCAAUCGCAAAAACAUAGACAUUGACGAUGCCAUCCAAUAUUGGACACUGUUUUUCCAGCCAGUAUACCCAGUGCAUAUUGAAUCAAACCUGUUAGAGUCAUGGUUCCAUUUCCUUCGCGAUGAGGGGAAGACGCUAAUAAGUAAAGAUACAUGGCAUAUGCUGCUCCUCUUUUUCCAGCAAUACCUAACCAUUCAAUCGAUCAUUGACGGUUAUGACGAAACUGCAGCAUGGCCCUUCAUUAUUGAUGAGUUUUAUGAAUACUUACAGGAUCACUAA